GCAGCAGGCACCGGGCCCCCGAGCGACAGGUCUCGGGCCCCCGGGCGAAGCGGCGGGCACCGAGUCACCAGGCACGACACGGGCAUCGGGUCACCAGGCAUCAGGUCAUUUGGCUCGACAGCGGGCACCGCGUCAUCUGGCAAGGCAGUGGGCUCCGAGUCAACUGGCAUGACCGCGGGCACUGGGGCAGACAUUGAAUCGUCUGGCUGGGCAGCGGGCAUCGGGUCACCAGGCAUCAGGUCAUUUGGCUCGACAGCGGGCACCGCGUCAUCUGGCAAGGCAGUGGGCUCCGAGUCAACAGGCACGACAGUGGGCACUGGGUCCUCAGGCAUUGGAUCGUCUGGCUCGACAGCGGGCAUCGGGUCACCAGGCAUCAGGUCAUUUGGCUCGCCAGCGGGCACCACGUCAUCUGGCAAGGCAGUGGGCACCGAGUCACCAGGU